AUGGAUUUUCGAGCCAACGUAAAAUUUAUAUCAACGGCUUCAAGCAUUUCAGAUGUUUUUCGCAUGUUUACUAUUCAGAUGGCGAAACCAAUUAACCACGCACUAAUCAAUCCCUUUUCAGUAGAAGUUUCUAGAGUACCAAGUAUUCCUGGGGAGGGAAAACCAAGGCGUAAUGCGGUUUCACCGGAUAAGUUAAUUUCAUUUCCUCCGGGUGCAACCACUCUGUACGAGAAUUUUUUGCAUGGAAUACGAGAGUCGGGCGGUGGUAAUUUCUUGGGUCAUCGACAAGUCAUCAAAGGUUUCGUGGGACCUUACGUCUGGGAAACCUACGUCGAGGUUCAACAACGUGUCGAAAAUUUUGGAUCGGGUUUAAUUAAGCAAGGAUUAAAGCCCAAGGAUAUUUUGGGUUUCUUCUCAAAGAAUAAUCCGGAAUGCGUUAUUGGCGAGCUCGCAGGUUAUCAAUAUAACUUCAUCUCGGUCCCAAUUUACGAUGCAUUGGGGGUGGAGGCCGUUAAAUACGUCAUCAAUCAAACGAAGAUGAAAUAUUGUUUGGCCACGCCUUCCAGGGCUCGAAUACUUUUAAGUGUAAGAAAGGACUUACCGACUCUUAAAACAAUAAUUGUGUUGAGCGAUGACUUUGAACAAGAAUUAAUUGAUUAUGCUGCUAGAAUAGGGGUCAAAGUUAUCAAUUUUCUCGUGGUGGAGAGAGAUGGGGCAACUCAACCAGUCGAAGCCAUUAAUCCUUCUCCUAGAGAUAUUGCCGCAAUUUGUUACACUAGUGGUGCCACCGGUGCACCAAAAGGUGUGGUGUUGACCCACAUGAAUUUCAUGUCGGUUGUUGGAAGUAUUCAUUUUCUCGCGGAAAGAGGAAAAACUGUGAACAUCACUAGAGAUGACGUGCACAUGUCAUAUUUGUCUUUGGCUCACGUGUUUGAACGAAUGAACGAAGCGGUGAUCGUUUACAAUGGAGGCGCGAUCGGUUUCUAUCAAGGGGAUAUGCCGAAAUUGCUGGAUGACAUUGCCGAGUUAAAACCCACGAUAUUUGUUUCUAUACCAAGAAUGCUCAAUAGAAUUUGUGACAAGAUACUCGCGUCGGUGAACGUGAAGGGCGGGAUAACUCGAUGGAUGUUCAAUGUGGCAUUCAACACCAAGAAGGUUGGAUUAGCUAAAGGGGACGUGAGUCAUCGGAUGUGGGAUAGAGUUUUGUACGGACCGAUUAGAGCGAAACUUGGCGGAAGGGUCAGAAUAAUCUUAUCGGGAUCGGCUCCUAUUUCUUCGGACGUUAAGGACUUCCUAAGGAUUUGCUUUUCGGCCGACGUGUACGAGGGAUAUGGUCAAACCGAAAACACAUGUGCCCUAACCAUGACUCUAUGCGGUGACACUUCGUCAGGGCACGUAGGACCACCGCAAUUAUGUACAGAAAUAAAAUUGGUCGAUGUGCCUGAAAUGAAUUACACAUCAAAUGACGAACCAUAUCCACGCGGUGAAAUUUGUGUCCGCGGUCGUGCCCUAUUCAAAGAGUAUUAUAAGGAUCCAGUGAAAACUGCAGAGGUGAUCGACGAAGGUGGAUGGUACCAUACAGGCGAUGUCGGUAUGUGGGACGAAGUGGGUAGAUUGAUUGUCGUCGACAGGAUAAGGGAUUUUUUCAAACUGUCUCAGGGCGAGUACAUUUCUCCCGAAAAGAUCGAGCAAGUUUAUGAAAAGCAUGAGUUGGUGGCACAAGCAUUUGUGCAUGGCGAUUCGCUGCAAGCAUUUCUUGUUGCCGUGAUUAUUCCCAACCGUAAUGCUUUGUUGCAAUGGGCCAGGGAUUAUGAUGGUCUUUGUGACUAUAACUAUGAAUUUUUGUGUGUGCAUCCGCAAGUUAAAAAGUACCUUCUGCUGACUCUCAUACAAUUUGGAAAAGACAACGACCUCAAGGGGUUCGAGAAUGUGAAAAACAUACAUCUGAGCUCGGAACAAUUUUCUUUGCAAAAUGAUUUGUUAACCCCUACAUUAAAGUUAAAGAGGUAUCGAGUGAAAACAAAGUAUCAGAGAGAGAUCGAGGCCAUGUAUGCCGAGGUCUCAUAA